AUGAAGGAGUUGUGUGGGAUGGAGCAGCAAGAAUCCAUCAACAUAACAGCUGCCAUGGAGGCUCUAUGCCCCUUGCUGAAUAACCCGCGGAGAACCAUCCACCAGGCGGAGGCUUUCACGUCGGGGAUCAUACUGCUGCUGCUCCUGCAGCUCAUCCUCGGCUCCUUCAGACGGCAGUCGGCCAGCUUCUUGGUCCAAGCUGGCACCUGGGUGACCUACACCGUGUCGUUCCCAGCCAUCGCCUACACCCUGGGCUUGAUGCAGUCCUCUCCGGUGAAGAAUGUCAUGUACCCCAUCUGGGCCGUCUCACUGCUGAUGGCCGCCGGGUGCACCAACGCCGUCAAGGUCUACGAGCUCAACGACAACAGGCAAUGGAAGCGGGGUUUGUUCAACAGCCUCCAGUAUGGCACGUACGCUUCUUUAAUCUGUUGGCUACUUUUCCCCUAUAGCAUGAGCAUAAAGGGGUAUCUCGGCCCAGCCGUUCUAUCACAGGCCUACUUUGCACAUAUCUUGUCUCCUGCAUAUGUCGUCACUCUUCUGGGCUCCUUUGUUCUGAAUACGGGACUUAUGGGCAAAGAGCUUGCAUGCGUGUUGGUUGAGCUCGGGUAUUUCAGGGCCAGGAGAGUUGCCAAGUUCAUGAAGAACCUGCCUGCUGAUGAUGGUGAUGGGUUCGAUCCUGCCAGGAUGAAAGGUUACAAGUACCCUGUUCACAUUUUUGGUGUCGGUGGUGAGCUCACCAUCGACCAAAUCUGGCUCUGUGAAGGCAGGCUCCUCAGCUCAGGUACUGUUCACAGCAAGGAGCUCAAGGACUUGUGCCUGGCUAAAUCGAUGUAUCAGUUACUGAAGCGGCGCUACUAUGGGAUGUCAUUCGCCGAGGAGCACCUUGAUGAAACCCGUGAUUUUGUCUUCAGGGGGUUGCUACGGACAGAAGGUGACUAUGAGCGAGCUUUCCGGAUUGUCGAAAUGGAGUUAGGGUUCUGCCAUGACUACUUCUUUACUAAACAUGCCAUCAUCUUUGAGCUGGAGACACUAUUCUUCUUUCUCUUCCUUGUGAGGAUUGCUCUGAUUGCCACAUGUGUAUCCUUUGUCGUGAAGGGUACACUAUCUGUCAAGACACUCAGCCCUAUCAUUGAAGUGCACAGCAAAAAGACUGACGGCAUCAUCACUCUCCUUGUUUUGGCCAUAUUCCUGCUCGUAGAAAUCCUUCAAACUGCAUUUUAUUUGGCCUCGGAUUGGUGCAAGGUGUCAGUUACUUGUAGGUAUGUCAAAACAUCUUGGUAUCAACGCAAUGCUUUCAUCGAGAAGCUUAUCGGCUAUAUUAGCAGAUUUACAAUACUCGGGUACUGGAAGAAUAAUAUUGGCCAGUACUCGAUAAUUCCGCACAUCACCGCCGCUGAUUCAUCUAGGGACAGUCGCACAGUAAACAGGCUGCAAACAGUCAAGCGGGCUAUUGCAAGGUCACUAAUAGCAUGCGACGGUCCACCAACAAAUGGAGAAGGGUCAUUCCGGAGGAGUGGUGUGCUUGGAGAGUUUUCUUGGGCAUUGCAGGGUCAAUCUCAGGCAGAGGUCAUGUUAAUUUGGCACAUCGCCACUGAAUACUGCAAUAUGACUCCCCCUACAGGUGACGGGGAAUACUUGAAUGGGACAACUGAAAAUGAGCAUGACACAAAUUUCAACAGGAAUGUUUCAGUCAGCCUGUCAAGAUACUGCGCAUACCUGAUGAACUGUGCUCCAGAAUUGCUUCCAGGAUACUUUGGAGACACAAAGUUGGCCAUGGCUGAUGUACGUCGCGAAGCGAAAGAAGUUCUAAGAUCCUGGGGUGUUUCUUCUUGCCGAAAUAUUUACCAGGUUAUGAAUGGUUUACAAGACCAAGAGGAAGACGGGAGCAUCUUCCUGAGAGGUGUGAAGCUUGGAAAGCAGCUAGAGGACAAGCCGAGCAGUGCUGCUCGUUGGAAGAUACUUGCAGAUUUCUGGGCUGAGAAGAUCCUCUACAUCGCACCAUCUGAUAAUGCGAAAGGGCACAUGGAACUUCUCGCAAAAGGAGGGGAGCUUCUCACCCACAUCUGGGUACUCCUUACUCAUGCCGGCAUCCUCAAGAUUAACAGGGAGGAAGAUAACAACACCGUGCCCAGACGCCAGCCAUCAUCCCAAGAAGAUGUGUAG